CAAUAACCCUUGCUCAAGACUGAUUAUGGGGGCGGGGGAGAGAGCGUUGAACAUAAGUAAUAAUUUACUAGUCAUCCACUCGAUUCAUCCUGUAAGGCUCGGAAAAGGAGGAUCGGCUAAGAGGUGUGGAGGAAGUCAAGCCCUUUGAGAGAGAGAGAGAAAAAAAAUAGAACAGAGAGACUUAUUGCAGUUUAUAGCUGGAGGAAUUUAAAAAGGGAGGAGUCUUCCACUUUCCUGCCUUUGGGCAGCCAGGAGAAGUGAUCGGUUGCCUGUCUCCUGGAUAAAAACUCAGAAGCAGGUCAGAUCAUGCACAGAGCAUCGUAAAUCGAUGCCACAUCGUCCCCGAGCAUCUGGAAGAGCCGGAGAGCAUGGGACCGUUUCAGAGCCUAGUCCUGCUCUCCUUCCUCAGCACUGCAGCCGCUUCAGAGGAGUGGUGCUACGCGUCGCAGCUGUGUCACAACCCAGGAUGUAGAGACCCCCGCAACUGGUUUGUGGUGAACAAAGAAUGCGGAGGGAAGACCCAGUCCCCCAUCAACAUUGUCACCAACAAAGUGGAAACGGAUUGGAACCUCACGCCCUUCAAGUUUGAAAACUAUCAAAACGUACAGGAAAAUAAAUGGAUCCUAAAGAACACUGGCCAUUCUGUCCAAGUGGACCUCGAUGAGUCAGCAAAGAUCUCAUCCGGGGGCCUCGAGACAACAUACAGAGCGGUUCAGUUUCACUUCCACUGGGGGAGCAACCACAGUCAUGAAACGGCACCCGGAUCAGAGCACACCAUCGACGGGGAGCGAUACGCCAUGGAGCUUCACAUAGUCCACAUAAAGGACCAACACAAAGAUAUAGGAGAAGCCCUUUCAAAUAACGGAGUGGCCGUAUUGGGAUUCUUUAUACAGACUGGCGAUGAGAACAAGGAUUAUAAUAAUUUAAUUUCGAAGUUCCAAGACGUUCCCUACCAUGGAAAUAAAACAGAGAUGGCUUCUUUGCCCCUGUCUUCCUUCAUCCCUAAAGAGGAGGAUCUGUCCGAAUACUAUCGGUAUAAUGGUUCUCUCACCACACCUGGCUGCAGCGAGGGUGUCAUCUGGACCUUAUUUAAGGAGCCCAUUAUACUUAGCUCAACACAGGUACAGGAGUUCUGGAUGAAGCUGUACUUCAACAAAGAUUUGCCUAUGGAGGACAACUUUCGGCCAGUUCAGUCUCUGGGUGCCCGAACAGUCUACAAGUCAGACUCGAAUGCCCUCCUGCCUCGGGCAAAGACAUUACUUCUGCUUCCAGUGGCUUCGUACCUCUUGCUUUCUUUUACGCAAUGAACCGUUUGAUUUUGCUUGUUUAAUUUGUCUCUGAAUCCCGAGGGCACCAGUCUUUAAAAUAGAUGGCAGGAGCACGGCAAACACGCAUCCACACACUUGGAAGAACCGGGGUCCCUUUUGGCCAGCCAGAGCUAUAAGCUCACAGCUAAGAUGCAGAACAAGGAAGCAUGCUCCUAAUUCCCCUAUGCAGCAAAACUACGGCCAUUUGAAGAGCCGGACAUCAGAAACGGGGCCAUAGAAAAGGAGGGGAAGGCGGCUCUAAACCAAGUCCUUGAAAUGUAAAAUUGCACAUACAUACAUUUACGCACACGUGCAAACACGAACAGAAAGAUUUAAAAAUCAACCAACCCAAGCAACUCGGGAGCGCAGGCCCUAUCCGAGAUCAGUUUGCAAAGCGCUUCUUUAUCUGGAUCGGUGUUUCCCAACCGUUUCAACGUCACGGUACCCUUGACCUCGCUCUUCCUAUUUCAGGGUACCCUUGAGGUUCGUUUUUUGCAUUUUUUGCAUUUUUUUUAGGGGGGAGCGGCAAGCAGGGGGAGGGGAGGGAAAGCAGCAUUGACAACCACGUUGUUUGUUUGCCUAAACUCAACAUGGAUUGGGCGGAUUUAAAGGGAGCAGCAGUGGCAUAGGAGGUUAAGAGCUCGUGUCUCUAAUCUGGAGGAACCGGGUUUGAUUCCCAGCUCUGCCGCCUGAGCUGUGGAGGC